AAAGCCAUGUGUAUUUUAUUUGUUGACGAAUGCCUAACCUAAAAAAAUAUAUUUUAUAUUCAUUAUCUUCUAAAAAUUAAAAGAAAAUGGCUAAAGUAAAGAACAAGAGAAACGCAGGAUUAGCGGAUAAAGUUCAUAAUAAGAAAAAAGCCCAAGCAAAUAAGAAAAAGUUAAAUCCUUUUGAAGUUCAUAUAAAUAAGGAGAAACUAAAAGUUUUAGGAAAGAAAUCUAAACAUGAUAGAGGAUUACCUGGAGUUGCACGGGCUAAAGCUAUACAAAAGAGGAAAGAAACUUUAGGUACAGAAAUGAAAUUAAUAAACAAAACAAAUACAUUCAUCGAUCGCCGUAUUGGAGAAAAGAAUAACCAGAUAUCUGCAGAAGAUCGAAUGAUCGCCAGGUUCGCGGCAGAGAGAGUUAAGCAGCAUAAUAAGAAGAGUAUUUACAACCUUGCUGAUGAUGAAAUAUUGACACACAGAGGGCAGACAUUAGAGCAAAUAGAAAAGUUUGAUGAUCCAAGGUCAUCAGAUGAUGAAGAUGAAGAAAAGCAAUUUGGAGGCUUAGAUAAUGAUUUUGUAUCGGAAGGCCAUUUUGGUGGAGGAGUCUUAUCCAAGGCAGAGUCAAAAGAUGGAGCCAAAUCACAUAAGGACUUGAUUGAACAGCUCAUUGCUGAAUCAAAGAAGAGAAAAGCAGAGAAGCAGAAGGAGAAAGAGCAAACUCUAGAUCUAACAGAGAAGUUAGAUACUGAAUGGAAAGAUUUACAGCCAGUUGUAUUUAAGAAACAAAAGGUCCAAGAAGAAUCGUUGAUUGAUAAAUUGCUAAGUAAAGCGGAAAAUGGACAGGAUUAUGAUAAAAUAAUGAGGGAGUUGAGAUUCGAGAAGCGGGGCACACCUUCAGAUGCUCUUAAGAGUAAAGAGAAGCAAGAUGAAGAAGAAAGAAAGAAAAUAGAGGAAUUAGAGCAUCAAAGAGAAUUGAGAAUGAUUUCUGAGGAAAACGUGGCUGCUCCCAAGAAUGUUAAACCAACAAAACACAGAUCUGCUGAUGAUUUAGACGAUAACUUUGAACUGGAGGAUGAAAAAGAAUUCAUGUUAGCAUACGACAAAGAUGGGAAACCGCUUGUACCGGAACAUGUGCUUAAGGACUAUUCAGUACCCAACAUGAAAAAGACAUUUGACGAUGGUGUAUCCGAUACGUCUGAAGAAGAAGGUAGUGAUAAUGACGAAGAAAGUGAUGAUGAAGAUGAUAAUGAAGCGGAGAAGGAUGAAAAUAUUGAUGUUAAUAAAGGUGAAGAUGCAGACUCCGAUGAAGAGACAUCUGAUGAUAGUGAAUCAGAUCAAGUAAUGGACAAACAAUUUAAAAGUACAACUGAGAGUAGUGAUAGAAAUGAAAAACUUAAUGAAAGUAAAACUUUGAAAAGAAAACAUAGUUUAAAUUCUGAUGAUGAUAUUGUAUCUAAUAUUGAAGAUAAGAAACAAAAAAGUAUAGUAAAAUCGAAAACAGAAUCCAAAUCAGAAAGUAAAAAUGAAAUGAAAUUAAAUAGUUCAAAUGAUAAUAAUAUGUCGGAUAAUGAUGAUGAUGAAUCGGCAGAUGAUUCUAACGACAGUUCUGAUGAUGAAAAAGACAAUUUUAAUAACCUUAAAGAUUUAAAAGGAACAGAUGAAUCUGAAGACGAUGAUGAAAUUGAAAAUAGCGAUGAAAAAAUUGAUUCUUUCUUCGAAUUAAAAUCUGUCGAAGGUGAUAAAUUAAAGGAGUUAUUAACAGGGAAGUCGCCAUCACAACAGUCAAUCGCUCUACAAAAACUAAUGAAAAGCUACGAUCCAAGUUUAUCGGAGAAUAACAAGGAAUUACUUAGCAGGCUAUUUGCACAUUUAUUGCAAUAUACACACGAUGUAUUUUCGAAUGUAACAGAUGAAGCGGAAAUAAUAAAAUCGUUUCUCAUCUUCGAAAGAUUAGUGCCGUAUUUCUACGAUCUAAUACACAUUAACAAGGUUUCGACGAAAAAGUAUCUAGUCGAAUUGUUAAAAGAAAAAUAUGACGCUUAUAAGCGGAAUCCUAAAAAGGUUCCAGAUUUAAAUACGCUUAUAUUCUUUAAACUAGUUUCUUUAUUAUAUCCUACGUCGGACUUUCGGCAUCCCGUCGCAACGCCAUCUAUGAUUUUCAUGUCAGAAAUAUUAACAUUAGCAAGGUUUACGGACGCUUAUUCAGUUUCGAGAGGGUUCUUUAUAGUGUCCCUUAUAUUAGAAUAUACAGUUCUAUCGAAAAGAUAUGUUCCAGCUGCAAUUAAUUUUAUAAGGGGUGUUCUAUAUUUGUGCGCGAAUACUUCUGUUCUAAAUCCAGUACAAGUCGUGCCACCGUUCCGUUUGCACAAGAGCACGAAAAUUUUGAUUUUGGAACGCGAUUGUUCACAAAUGACAGCCGAACGCAAAAUGGCGGCCAAAGACCUCGCAGCGAGUGAAAUUGAUGACAGCUUAAAAAUACGAUGUUUACUAACAGCUACAUUCAUGUUAAGGGAAUUUUUUGACAAUUACAUAGAAAUAGAAGCUUUAGAAGCCAUUUUUGAACCACACAUACAGAUAUUAGGUCGUGUGGAUAUGGAUUUGUACCCGAAGAAAGUAUCAAAAAAAAUUUCAGAGGUAUUGAAAUAUAUGAAACAGACGUUGGAAAUGAAGACAUACACGCAUAUGUCUAGAGAAAAAGUUAAGCCGAAAGCAUUAAGGCUCUACGAACCCGAUAUUCAAGAUGUCUUCACUGGCAGCAAGAGUUCUAAACUUUCCAAAGAGAACGCAGAUAGGGCGAGAUUACAGGGCAAGUACAAGAAGGAAAUGAAGGGAGCUCUCAGGGAGAUAAGACGAGAUAAGGCGUACAUCGCAUCUGUGAAGAUACGGCAGAAGAUCCAGAGUGACAACAUUCGUAAGGAGAAGGUCAAACAGAUAUACAAAGACGCGUCUAUUCAACAAGGGGAGCUGAAUAAAUUGAAACGAAUGAAAUAAAACUGUUACUUUAUCUGAAUAAAUUCACAGUAAAAAAUAUAUUUUAUUUGUUAUAAUG